AUGUACUCAAACAAGGUUGACGGGCCGCGCAGAGGAAGGUCUUUCGACUCUAUGAGUUCUUCAUUGCACACUUGUUAUGAGGAAAAGCAACUGAAUAAUGAGAUGAAAAAGUGUACCUUCAGCAAGAUCGACGAGAACAAGGACAACAAGAGUUCAUCUUGGGAGAAUGGUUGCUCUUUAGAAAAGGGUCGCACGGCCAUCGCCUUUUCCCUCAAGAAUGAAGUUGGCGGGCUCGUUAAGGCGCUAAAACUUUUUCAAGAGAACCACGUCAACCUUGUUCACAUCGAGUCCCGAAAAUCGAGGCGGCGCGGCUCAGAGUUUGAGAUCUUUGUUGACUGUGACAGCGGCCACGAGCAACUCAAGGAGCUCACUGAGCUGCUACGAAAGCAUGCCGCCAACGUAGUUGAUAUGGACCAUGACCAACCUGACAAUUCCAGCCUGCCUGAAGAAGACACUGAAGAUAUUCCCUGGUUCCCAAAGAAAAUCUCAGACCUGGACAUGUGUGCUAACCGUGUCUUGAUGUAUGGCUUAGACCUGGAUGCUGAUCACCCAGGCUUCAAGGACAAUGUCUACCGCAAAAGAAGGAAACACUUUGCUGAUCUUGCCAUGAGCUACAAACAUGGGAAUCCAAUUCCGCAUAUCGAGUUCACAGAGGAGGAGGUGAAGACCUGGGGUGUGGUCUAUCGGGAGCUCAAUAAGCUGUAUCCAACCCAUGCUUGCCGGGAGUACCUGAAGAACCUGCCACUGCUGUCCAAGCACUGUGACUGCAGGGAGGACAACAUCCCCCAGCUGGAAGAUGUGUCACACUUCCUCAGAGAGCACACAGGCUUUAUCAUUCGGCCCGUGGCAGGUUACCUCUCCCCACGAGACUUUCUGGCAGGUUUGGCUUUCCGGGUUUUCCACUGCACUCAGUAUGUUCGCCACAGCUCUGACCCUCUCUACACACCUGAGCCAGACACAUGUCAUGAGCUGUUGGGUCAUGUCCCUCUGCUGGCGGAGCCUAGUUUUGCCCAGUUCUCCCAGGAGAUAGGUCUGGCUUCUCUGGGGGCCUCAGAUGAGUCUGUCCAAACGCUGGCCACCUGUUACUUUUUCACAGUAGAGUUUGGCCUGUGUAAACAGGAGGGAAAGAUGAGAGCCUACGGCGCAGGACUUCUCUCCUCUAUCAGUGAGCUGAAGCAUGCACUCUCUGACAAUGCAAAGAUCCUGCCCUUUGACCCCAAGGUCACCUGCAAGCAGGAGUGCAUUAUCACUACAUUCCAAGAUGUCUACUUUGUGUCAGAGAGCUUUGAAGAGGCCAAAGUCAAGAUGAGGGAGUUUGCCAAGACCAUCAAGCGUCCGUUUACAGUGAGGUACAACCCGUACACCCACAGUGUGGACGUGCUGAAGGACACAUCCAGUAUCAACAGCAUGGUGGAGGAUCUGAGACAUGAACUGGACAUCGUGGCCGACGCCCUACAGCGCCUUAACAAACACUACGCUGUCUGA